CUGUGGGGUGUACAAGACAGUCCGGAGGGUGCUUGACAUGGACGGCUGGUAUUAUAUGGGGACAGAGUACCUGGAGUGCCGCCUCUGUAAGAUGCUACUUGCAGGAUGGUCGCUGGAGGUCUUGAACCAGCUGGACACAAGUCAUCGCUCCAUGUUCCCAGCCAUCUUGACUUACAGGCUGUCCUGUGACCUGAAGGUGGUCAGGCUGAUGAAAGAGAGGACACCGGGGAACAGUGUGACCAGGCUGUACAACCAGCUGAGGGAGCAGCACAGCCUGGCCUGGAUGAGUCGGACCCUGUACUACCUGUCUGUCUGUGACCACUUUGUAGUCCCAGGUGCUGCACCACUGAGGGUAACACCUCUUCCUCCCUUUUUGGAUGUGCCCUCAGUCCAGUGGCUGCUGACUGUCCACGGCUACGACGUUCUGUUCCAGCUAGAGGACUUCAAGGCCAGAGUCACCUCCAUCUUUGGGUCCAUCCUGAAGAUGGAUUCAACCAAGAAGGUGACCAAGAAACUAGCUGGGACAGCAGCGUGGGCCACAAAUGUUGUCAAUGAGUACGGCCAGGCGCUCAUUACGGUCCUCACUGACAGUGAAGGAGAGGGUCUGCUCGACAUGGCAGCUGGCCUCCAGCAGCGCUACGGCCAGGUGCUCAUUACGGUCCUCACUGACAGCGAAGGAGAGGGCCUGCUCGACAUGGCAGCUGGCCUCCAGCAGCGCUACGGCCAGGUGCUCAUUACGGUCCUCACUGACAGCGAAGGAGAGGGCCUGCUCGACAUGGCAGCUGGCCUCCAGCAGCGCUACGGCCAGAUGCUCAUUACAGUCCUCACUGACAGCGAAGGAGAGGGUCUGCUCGACAUGGCAGCUGGCCUCCAGCAGCGCUACGGCCAGGCGCUCAUUACGGUCCUCACUGACAGUGAAGGAGAGGGUCUGCUCGACAUGGCAGCUGGCCUCCAGCAGCGCUACGGCCAGGCGCUCAUUACGGUCCUCACUGACAGUGAAGGAGAGGGUCUGCUCGACAUGGCAGCUGGCCUCCAGCAGCGCUACGGCCAGGUGCUCAUUACGGUCCUCACUGACAGCGAAGGAGAGGGCCUGCUCGACAUGGCAGCUGGCCUCCAGCAGCGCUACAGUAAAUCUGGAGUGGCACCUCCCAAGCUGCUCUCUGUCGACCGGGACUGCCACGCCCUGAUGGGAAAGGGGAAGACGGCAGCCAUGUUCAGCCAGUGGGAUGAGCUCAUCGUCCGGCUGGAUGUGUGGCACCUCAUCCGUCGUUUAGCUCGGGGAGUGACCACAGAGAGUUCGGGGAGUGACCACAGAGAGCUCGGGGAGUGACCACAGAGAGCUAUGCUCUCUUUUUGUGGCGGCUCUCCUCCUGCAUGUUGGUGUGGUGUGCAGAUGAUGUGGAGCGCCUGCUGGAGGCCAAGCGAGGUGAGCUCAUGGAGAGCAACAUCACGGGGCUCAGCGACGCACAGGUGAUGAAGAGGAUCAGCCUGAAGGAGAUGGCUCGGCACUGUCGUCGUCUCCGCACGCGCGGGGCGGAGGAGACUGAGCGUCUCAUCAGGGAGCUCCUGGAGACCUUCAGGGAUGCCACAGUCACCCUGGGCGUCCGGCUCCUGGACCGUGACCGAAUGCAGGCCAUCUGGCAGACCCAGAGACGACACCUGGUCUGCAUUCAGGACCCCCCUGGUGUCAGCCUCUAUACCAACAAGGGCAAGGACCGUGACCAAGGGCGGGGUCAUCCUGCCUGUGUUGCGCUGCGCUCGUGUCUCCACCUCCCUGGAGUCUAUCCACCUCCACCACUUCAUUCCUGGUGUUAAAUGUAAAACUGGGUCAUGUUGUGUGUUAACAACUGUGUGCAUGGGAGGAGUUAUUAUUUCUUGUUGUCCUCAUUUAUAGGAACAAGUGCGGGUGCCGAGCACUUUCAGGCCUACCUCCUUGAAGGGUUGGUUCAGUGGAAUGAGGACCGUGCCGAAGCUGCAGCCGAGGGGUGGGGCAGAAGCAGACCCUGCACUGCUAUGAUGCUGUAGCCCAGCACACCAUCAAUGAGCUGAGCCAGAAGCUCCUGGGCCCAGUCUUGUGAAGGAUCACACAAGGCCUGCAAAGUACACUGGGGAACUCAUUGGGGUCGAGUAUCUCUUCUCGCAGACCCAUGGUGACCAGAGUCCAACCUCGGUAAGGACCCAGAUGUCCCAGACGGGACACCUACUCUAUUUGAGGGAGAGGAGGAUGACCCCACCAUGUCCUUGCCCGACCUCGAUGACCGUCUCUCACCAGUCCCUCCACUCAGGAAAGCCACUCCACCGCCCACUCAACCCAACCCAUCCCAGGUACCUGUCGUCACACCCCCUGAUGACACUGCACCACCAGCUGCCAGUCAGGACCCAGGGGAUGAUGAGUACAUAGGACCUGAUGGGGUUAGUGGAUACCAGCACGUGGUCCUCCUGGCCACUAGUCAGCCACUGCCACCUCCACCCAGUCUGUCUUCCACCUCCCUCCCUAUAACGCCAGUCUUCCAAGACCUGCCUUCGACCUCCACUCCUCUUCCCCCUCCUGCUGGUGGACCCAAGGUUUCCAGGACCACCGAAUGGAGGAGGAGGAAGAAGCUGGAGUCUGGCAUUAAAGUCAGAGCGCACAAGCCAUACGAAGGCUAUAAGUGCUCUAAAUGUGGCAAGCCUAAAACUUCUGAGUUUGGACACAGUAUGUAUGGUUCUGUGAGAUUCUGUGCCGCUACCUCUGGUGGCCAAACUGUGGAGGAGUGACUGGCACUCAUGAGGACCCAGCAUGGUGCUAGCCAAGGCCAGUAAAAUCUGACUCGUGUGUACAUUGUAAAGUUGUUUUUGUACGUAUGUUCUUUGUAAAAAAAAAUGUACGACAUUCAUUGUUAAUCUCUUGUACAUUUAGUUAUUUUAAAAUCAUCUUAACUUGUACAGUAGGAUGGGUUGUUUCACACAUGACAUUCCCUGUGAAAUAAAUAAUUUAAUGCAA